CGCAGAAACAUUGGAAAUGCUCGUAUAGCUGGCCUCGAGCGAGAUCUCAGGAUGACUGACCACCAGUUCUCGGUAGCUCUCACCAUCACAUAUGUACCUUACAUACUCAUGGAAAUUCCCAUGAACUUGCUGAUGAAGCGCUUGGGCCCCAAUGUGACCCUUCCGUUGAUGGUUACUCUUUGGGGUAUGGUAUGCGCGUGCCAAGGUGCAGUGAAGACGUACGGCGGUCUCCUCGCUUGUCGGUUCUUCCUUGGCGCGUUGGAGGGUGGCCUUUUCCCUGGGAUCGUGCUUUAUCUGACCUCAUUUUACAAGAGCCAUGCUCUUCAGCUGCGUUUCGCAAUGAUGUUUAGUGUCACGUCACUUGCUGGCGCUUUUUCUGGCCUUCUUGCUGCAGCUAUCCAGAAUAUGAACGGCGUGAGAGGCUUACCGGGCUGGUCAUGGAUUUUUGUUCUGGAAGGCGUCUUCACAACUGUAUUCGGCCUGCUUAGUUUUGUUAUCACCCCCGCGAAGCCCGCAGCUAUGCCAUUCUUGACUCUGGAAGAGAAGGCGGCAUACAUUGGCGGCCUUCAAGCGAGCUGGAGCGGAGAUGGGGACGAUGUCGCCGAGACUUUCAGUUGGUCAGAAGUCGGGAGCGUUUUUGUGGAUGCGCCGCAUGUGUUCCUGGUGUCCAUACCGCUAUUCUUCAAUGGCGCCACGCUUUUUGGCCUUGCAAACUUCACACCAACCAUCGUCAACGCUUUCGGCUACCCUCUGGCGCGCACGCAAUUGUUGACUGUUCCUCCUUAUGCCUGCUCGUUCUUCAUAAGCAUUUGUUGUGCCUACCUCUCGGAUAAGUACAAGCAACGCGGCGCGACCGCCGUCCUGUCCAGUCUCAUCGCCAUUCCAGGAUACGCCAUCUUCCUCGGUACCGCAAACAAGCAUGCAAACUACGGAGCACUGUUCCUACAGAUCGUCGGCGUGUAUUGUGUCCCUCCGUGUUUGGGGACCUGGAACGCAAAUAACGUGCAGCCACAUUACCGCCGAGCGACCGGCGUCGCUAUAGGCUUCAUGUUCACGAACGCCGGGGGCAUCGUGUCGACCUGGCUUUUUACUGGCCCCCCAAGGUUUCACAAGGCUUCUGUUGUUAACUUGAUUUUCGCUAUCGGUACAUCUGUUUCGUGUGCGGGCAUCGUGCUUUACCUUCAUAAGAAGAAUAUUGCGAAGCGCGCAGAAGUAGCUCGCUUGCUUCGGGAAGAGGGUGAGGGUACUCAGCCCGGCGGGUGGAAUUCGGAUGAAGUACGAAGCAGGCUGGGCGACCGACACCCGCUUUUUGAAUUUACUUUGUAA